AUGCACAUCUCCAUCGCCUCCAUCCUGUGGGGCCUUGGAGGAAACUGUAUUCUCAACUGGGCGCUGCUGUUCUUCCAGAGGAAACACCUCUCCCGAAGCUUCCUGGGAGUUUUCAGCGUCUCCCUGGCUGUUGUUGACACACUCCUGACCCUCUCCAUCACCUCCCUCCACCUCACCGCUGAGGGACACCUCCUGGGCUUAAAGCUGACCCGGUACCAUGUGUGUCUGCUGGUUCAGAUCCUUGGAGAAGUCUACAUCACUCUGCAGUGGCCUGUUGUAGUCGUGGCCGGGUUGGACCAUUUCUUCACCGUCACUCGGAGGUGGCAGGCCUCCACCAGACGGAGCGUCUGCAUCUCUGUGAGCGGCCUGCUGUGGAGCCUCUCUGCUCUCUAUGUCUUCCUGUCUGACUUCAGGCCCAUCAUGGAGGAAGUGUUUCACAUCCAGAUACACCAGUGCUGGGUCUUCCAAAUCUCUCAUAUCCUGCACAUUGCUACGUUCCUCCUCAUGCUUUUAGGCUGUGCAGCGGUGCAUGCUGGACUCCAGACAUUAAAAAAUCCUCCUUUAAUAGAUCAAAUUACAGACCACUCCAGAAGAAGUGUUGUUCUCCAGACCCUGCAUAUAUAUCUGAACACAUGGGCUCUGUUCCUGGUUAUUCUGGCCAUUCUCCUCCUGCUGCCUGUGGAAAUACCUGCAUACCUGGGCCUGAGUGUCGCCUGGCUCUGCUUCCUCAACAGCCUCCUGAUAGCAGUGGUUUUAUGUGCAGUCUGUCCAGCCUCACAGCUAGCGCAGGGCCGGGCAUCUGUGCCCCCCGACAGCUUCUGUGCAUGGAGAUUUAUCGGAGGACAGAGCACGACCACACAGAUAAAACGCAAACAGGUCUCAUGUUAGAAAAUGUGGAUGGAUGAAUACCAAGAUGUUGAACUACAAUAGAUCGAUGAUAAGCUGACAAAGGUGAGAGCAAAGUACAGAAUGCUUGCCAUUAUGCUACUGUAGCUGGUGGGAUACAUCAGUCAUGACUUUUUGCUUUUGUCCUCAUUUCAGGGACAAAAGCGAGAGUGAGUUAAGGGAUCUAUUGAACCUGAAUUAGUAGGUGUAUUUAUUGUGCAGGUACUCUACUCCAACUUCCAUAAAGUAACUAGCUUUGUCUGCUGAUUACAGCCCUUUUAAUUAAAUACAUUUGCCAAUAUUAUAGCUACUGUUACAGAAAAUCAACAGUAGGUUAAA